AGGCAGCCGGAGGGAAAAUGGCUCGGGCCGUGGCGGCUGCGGCAGCUCGGGUUGUGGCGGAGGCGGAGGCUCAGGCAGCUUGAGGUCUUGCUAAUUUGGAAGCUACAAGAAAUAAGUAAACAAGAGGAAGACAGACUUGGUCUUUCAAGUGGACAUGGCUCAGAUUUCCAGUAACAACAGAUUUAAAAAAUGUUCGUCUUCACAUCUGGAACAAACAAGAACAAAAGAUGUGAACAAAGAAGAAGCAUUACAGAUGGAAGCAGAGGCUUUAGCAAAGUUACAAAAGGAUAGACGAGUGACUGAUAACCAGAGAGACUCUGAGUUGUCAAGCAGCACCAGGCAGAAAACACAAGUUCAUAGCAAACAGGAUUAUGAUCUAAUGGUGUUUCCUGAGUUGGAUUCGCAAAAAAGAGCUUUGGAUAUUGACGUAGAAAACCUCACCCAAGCUGAACUUGAGAAGUUACUAUUGGAUGACAGUUUUGAAACUAAAAAAACACCUGUAUUGCCAGUUACUCCUGUUCUGAGCCCUACAUUAUCAGCACAGUUCUACUUUAGACCCACGCUUCAGAGAGGACAGUGGGCACCUGGAUUAUCUGGGUCUUCCACUUAUUCCUUGCCUUCUCUCUAUCCCUCAGCUUACAGUAAACAAGCUUCAUUCCAGAAUGGUUUCAGUACAAGAAUGCCUACUUUUCCACCUACAGAACCCAUAUAUUUAAGUCUUCCAGGACCAUCUCCACAUCUUUCAUACUCGAUGACACCUGCAGCAGCCUUUCAUCCACAAGGAAGCUUGCCCAUCUAUCGUCCAGUAGUUAGUCCUGACAUGGCACAGCUAUUUGACAAAAUAGCUAGUACAUCAGAGUUUUUAAAAAAUGGAAAAGCAAGGACUGAUAUGGAAUUAACGAAUUCAAAGGCUACAGUCAGCAAUCUACAGCUUUCUCCAAAGUCUGGUGAUAUCAGUAAAUUUGACUGGUUAGACUUGGAUCCUCUAAGUAAACCCAAAGUGGACAAUGUGGAGGUAUUGGACCAUGUAGAAGAGAAAGAUGUUCCAGGCUUGUUAGCAGAGGAUCCUUGGGAUGCUGUUCUUCUUGAAGAGAGAUCACUAGCAACUUGUCACCUUGAAAGAAAGGUGAAUGGAAAAUCCCUUUCUGGGGCGACUGUCAUAAGAAGCCAGUCUUUAAAUAUUCGAACAACACAGCUUGCAAAAAUCCAGGGCCAAAUAUCUCAGAAAGAUCCGAUUGGGACCAGUAGUUUGCCAACUGGAAGUUCUCUUCUGCAAGAAAUUGAAGUACAGAAUGAGGAGGUGGCAGCUUUUUGUCAAUCAAUUACAAAAUUGAGGACCAACUUUCCAUAUACCAACCACAGCACAAACCCAGGUUAUUUGUUAAGUCCAGUCACAGUGCAGCGAAACAUACGUGGAGAAAAUGCAAGUGUGAAGGUCUCCAUUGAAAUUGAAGGAUUCCAACUGCCAGUUACUUUUACAUGUGAUGUGAGUUCUACUGUAGAAAUCAUCAUAAUGCAAGCCCUUUGCUGGGUGCAUGAUGAUUUGAAUCAAGUAGAUGUUGGCAGCUAUGUUCUGAAAGUUUGUGGGCAAGAGGAAGUGCUGCAGAAUAGUCACUGCCUUGGAAGUCACGAAUAUAUUCAAAACUGUCGAAAAUGGGAUACAGAGAUUAAACUACAACUUUUGACCUUCAGUGCAAUGUGUCAAAAUCUGGCCCGGACAGCAGAAGAUGAUGAAACACCUGUGGAUUUAAACAAACACCUGUACCAAAUAGAAAAACCAUAUAAAGAAGUUAUGACAAGACAUCCUGUUGAAGAACUCUUAGAUUCUUACCACAACCAAGUGGACUUGGCUCUUCAAGUUGAAAACCAGCACCGAGCAGUAGAUCAAGUAAUUAAAGCUGUCAGAAAAAUCUGCAGUGCUUUAGACGGUGUGGAGACGCUUGCCGUUACAGAAUCAGUAAAGAAGCUAAGAAGAGCAGUUAAUCUUCCACGGAGUAAAAGUGCUGAAGUGCCUUCAUUGUCUGGAGGAGGGGAUACUAGCAAGAGUUCAGCCAGAGUCUCACUGAAUCCUGAAAAUCCUGUUCAAGUGAGCAUGGACCAAUUAACUGUAGCAGUUUAUGAUCUUCUCAAACUGCAUUCAAAUGCUGAUAGCAGCCCUGCAGAUUGUGCCCCAAGUAAUAGGAACAUCAAGGAAGCAUGGACCACAACAGAGCAACUCCAGUUUACUAUUUUUGCUGCACAUGGAAUUUCAAGUACCUGGGUAUCAAAUUAUGAAAAAUACUACUUGAUAUGUUCCCUGUCUCAUAAUGGAAAAGAUCUUUUUAAACCUAUCCAAUCAAAGAAGGUUGGCACUUACAAGAAUUUCUUCUAUCUUAUCAAAUGGGAUGAACUAAUCCUUUUCCCCAUCCAGAUAUCACAAUUGCCAUUAGAAUCACUUCUUCACCUUACUCUUUUUGGAAUUUUAAGUCAGAGCAGUGGAAGUUCCCCUGAUUCUAAUAAGCAAAGAAAGGGGCCAGAAGCUUUGGGGAAAGUUUCCUUACCUCUUUUUGACUUUAAACGGUUUUUAACAUGUGGAACUAAAUUACUAUAUCUUUGGACUUCAUCACAUACAAAUCCUAUCCCAGCAACAAUACCCAAAAAAGGAUAUGUGAUGGAAAGAAUAGUGCUACAGGUUGACUUCCCUUCUCCGCCAUUUGAUGUCCUUUAUACAACUCCUGAAGUUGACAGAAGCAUUAUACAGCAGCAAGAUUUAGAAACAUUGGAAAAUGAUAUAAAAGAGAAACUUACUGACAUUCUUCACAAAGACUCAUUUGGACUUUCUAAAGAAGAGAAAGCAUUUUUAUGGGAGAAACGUUAUUAUUGUUUCAAACACCCAGAUUGUCUCCCAAAAAUACUAGCAAGUGCCCCAAACUGGAAUUGGGUUAAUCUUGCCAAGACUUACUCAUUGCUUCAACGAUGGCCGCCGUUGCACCCACUCACUGCAUUAGAGCUUCUUGAUGCGCAGUUUGCUGAUCAGGAAGUGAGAUCCCUAGCUGUUUCCUGGAUUGAGGCCAUUAGUGAUGAUGAGCUAACAGAUCUCCUUCCACAAUUUGUGCAAGCUUUGAAAUAUGAAAUUUACUUGAACAGCUCAUUAGUGUGCUUCCUUCUGUCCAGAGCAUUGGCAAAUAUCCAGAUAGCACACAAUUUAUAUUGGCUCCUGAAGGAUGCUCUGCAUGACUCACAGUUUGGUACUCGUUAUGAACAUGUCUUGGGUGCUCUUCUUUCCGUGGGAGGAAAAGGACUGAGAGAAGAACUUCUAAAGCAGACAAGACUCGUGCAGCUUUUAGGAGGAGUCGCCGAAAAAGUAAGGCAGGCGAGUGGAUCAGCCAGACAGGUUGUCCUCCAAAAGAGUAUGGAUCGAGUACAAUCCUUUUUUCUAAGGAAUAAAUGUCGUCUUCCUCUCAAUCCAAGUCUUGUGGCAAAGGAAUUAAAUAUUAAGACCUGUUCUUUCUUCAAUUCUAAUGCUAUGCCCCUGAAAGUCACAAUGGUCAAUAAUGAUCCUCUGGGGGAAGAAAUUAAUAUUAUGUUUAAGGUUGGUGAAGAUCUGCGCCAAGAUAUGUUAGCUUUACAGAUGAUAAAGAUUAUGGAUAAGAUCUGGCUUAAAGAAGGACUGGAUUUGAGGAUGGUGAUUUUCAAAUGUCUCUCAACUGGCAGAGAUCGGGGCCUGGUGGAGCUAGUUCCUUCUUCAGAUACACUUAGGAAAAUCCAAGUGGAAUAUGGUGUGACAGGAUCCUUUAAAGAUAAGCCACUUGCAGACUGGCUGAGGAAAUAUAAUCCCUCUGAAGAAGAAUAUGAAAAGGCUUCUGAGAAUUUUAUUUAUUCGUGUGCGGGGUGCUGUGUAGCCACCUAUGUGUUAGGCAUCUGUGAUCGGCACAAUGACAAUAUAAUGCUUAAAAGCACAGGACAUAUGUUUCACAUCGACUUCGGGAAAUUCUUGGGCCAUGCACAGAUGUUUGGUAGCUUCAAAAGGGAUCGGGCCCCUUUCGUGCUGACAUCAGAUAUGGCAUACGUUAUUAAUGGGGGUGAAAAGCCCACCAUUCGCUUCCAGUUGUUUGUGGACCUCUGCUGCCAGGCCUACAACUUGAUAAGAAAGCAGACAAACCUCUUUCUUAACCUCCUUUCACUGAUGAUUCCUUCUGGGUUACCAGAACUCACAAGUAUUCAAGAUUUGAAAUAUGUUAGAGAUGCACUUCAACCCCAAACUACAGAUGCAGAAGCUACCAUUUUCUUUACGAGGCUAAUUGAGUCCAGUUUGGGGAGCAUCGCCACAAAGUUUAACUUCUUCAUUCACAACCUUGCUCAGCUGCGUUUCUCUGGUCUUCCUUCAAAUGAUGAGCCCAUCCUUUCCUUUUCACCCAAAACAUACUCCUUCAGACAAGAUGGUCGAAUCAAGGAAGUCUGUGUAUUCACAUAUCACAAGAAAUACAACCCAGAUAAGCAUUACAUCUAUGUCGUCCGAAUUUUGAGGGAAGGGCAGCUUGAACCAUCAUUUGUCUUCCGAACUUUUGACGAGUUUCAAGAACUUCACAAUAAACUCAGUAUUAUUUUUCCACUGUGGAAGUUACCAGGCUUUCCUAACAGGAUGGUUCUAGGAAGAACACACAUAAAAGACGUAGCAGCCAAGAGGAAGAUUGAGUUAAACAGCUAUUUGCAGAGUCUGAUGAGUGCUUCAGCUGACGUCGCAGAGUGUGAUCUUAUCUGUACGUUUUUCCAUCCAUUACUUCGUGAUGAGAAAGCCGAAGGAAUAGCUAGGUCUGCAGUUGCAGGUCCUUUCAGUCCUCCUCCAGGGCAAGUAGGAGGCGCAGUGAAACUAUCUGUGUCUUACAGAAAUGGCACUCUCUUCAUCAUGGUGAUGCACAUCAAAGAUCUUGUUACUGAAGAUGGGGCUGACCCAAAUCCAUAUGUCAAAACAUACCUACUUCCAGAUACCCACAAAACAUCCAAACGUAAAACUAAAAUUUCACGAAAAACGAGGAAUCCAACAUUCAAUGAAAUGCUUGUGUACAGUGGCUACAGCCAAGAGACCUUACAACAGAGAGAACUUCAGCUCAGUGUGCUCAGUGCAGAAUCCCUGCGGGAGAACUUUUUCUUGGGUGGAAUAACCCUGCCUCUGAAAGAUUUCAACUUAAGUAAAGAGACGGUUAAGUGGUAUCAACUGACUGCAGCGACCUAUUUGUGAACUAGAAAUUUCUGAGCUUUAGAAGCAAGACCGGUUAUUAUAAAUGUGUGUGAACAGACAUACCCAAUUGUGGAUGGUGUACAGUGUUUUUUAUACUUGGACAGAAACUAUACUUGCUCUGUUUCAGCAAUUCUGUUGUAUGAACCAAGAGUCACAAAAUUAACUUGUAUGAAUUUGUGGAAGCUAUUUCUGUUUUAAAGUCAUUAAGAGAAUGCUACAAACUCUAAAUUUAGAAUGAGUCUUGAAAACAAUAUUGAAUUGGUGAAGUUUUAAAUCCUUUUUUUGAGUGAUAGCUUGGGUCUGGUCUGACAGCUUCACUUGAGCCACCUGUUCGACAUCGUGUCUCAGACUGACCCAGUGUGUAUUUCUUUCCCUCUUAUGCACCUUACAGCCUUUACCACUGUGCACGCUCACCAACACCAAAGGAAGGGAAGGUGUGGGUGUUAGCAUGUACUGCAGCUGCUAUUCACAGAGCCGAAAAGCAAAGCACAAACCACACGUAGUUAUGUUAAAAACUACUAAAUAGUUAAAGAAGUAGAGGGGAGGAAAAUAACGUUGCUCUUUGGUAUUCAUGACUUUAAAGCCUUUUUCAGAAUAAGUGCCAAUUAUUGAAGUUGUAAAUAAUGGUGCCUUAACUUCAUAUGCUUCCUUGGCACUUCAUUUCUGAUGUUUUUUCCUGACUUCUGAGAAAUUAUUAAUAAGUAGUUCCCCUCACUUUCAGUUUACUAGACAAAAGAAAUGGUGUACACUUACUAAUGUUUGUCCCACAGAAAGGCCAGGCUGUGCUAUUGAGACUUAAGCAGUCAAGCCAUUUCGUCUAAGUCUUUGUUACCACUAACUGAAUAUGAGAUUGAUUAAUGUAGUUGUAUGUUAAAUUCCAUCAUUCCAUUAUAAUUCUACACUUAUUUCCAGCAGUUUGAUUUGAAGUUUGGUUAUUUCACCCCGUAUACAUAUACUCACUCCUUCGUUGGGUACUCAUCCAUGUGUCCACCCAUUCCUGUUUGCUGUAAGAACUCCAUGAAUCGGGCAGACUUUCCAUAAGCAGCCCAGGAAAGAAUACUUUGGUCCAGACUGAAUUUAAAUAUAGACAUUUGUAGAAAAGUUUGUCUUUUAAAUGGGCUUAGUUAAGUUUGUAAACACUGUACAUGAAAUAAUUAUUUUCCUUAAUAUAUCAGGAUUCAGACUCAUAAUGCUUAUGAUUAAGGCUAUUCUGUAGUAGCCAGUAAGAAUAAGAUUAGUUUUCAGUACUUAUUCAUUCCACUUCACAAAUAAUUGUGUUUAGUAUAGAUAAAUACAGACAUACAAUAUUUACUCCUGUGGCUAGGAUAGAAAGUCAGACACAUUGUAAAUGGCACUAGAGAUGGUCGCAAUCUAAUAGCUCUGAGAUAACUGACAGAUAAGUAAUGAACGACACCAAGAGAUGGGGGCAGCCUCAGAUUCAUUAUCCAGUACAGACGUUUUAUGAACUGUGCACAUGUGGAAUGUAAAGGAGGAUGUGCGCACAGCAGAAGGAAAAUGGUUAAAGAUGUAACAGUAGAAGUUCAAACAAAAGAAACUUGAAAUUUUGGGUGCCUAACACUAAUGGUCCAUUUAUAGAAAAAUUCAUGUUAUAUCUUUUUUCCCUAUUUAAUAAGUUAAUUUGUGUGUACAUCAGAGAAUUGCCAUUCAUUUGCUUUUUUCUACAUGCCGUUAAUAUUUCUGUAAAUGUAUGUAAGUUUCUUUGCAAAUGUAAAGACCUACUAGAUAUGAUGCUUAUUAAUGCAUUUGAACCGGGUUCCAUUCCCUCUGUUGUCACUCAGCCAUGGAAAUAAAAGUGCUCUCGUGGUCUAAGGGUCAUUGCUAACUGGACUCAGUGUGGACUGACUGCCUUUUGCAGUCUUACAGCAAGCAGUCUUUUACCUCAGAUAAUAGAACUAGAAAAUGUAAUGUCACUUUGUUAUUAGAAGAAUCAGGCAUCUUAUCUUGAACAUGUAUAGUAUGAUUAAUUAAUAAUGUACAGUUAACCAGAGUUUAGAACAAGUGAUAUUUUCUCUCAUUUUAAUCCAUUGUUGUGCCUCCAUGAAAAAACAAGCGCACACACCCCAUACAUACUUACCUUACAAAUACUUAGUAAUCUAAGUUAUUCUUUGUAAAAUUCUCAUCUUCAGCCCUUACCCAAAGAACAUAGAAAGGACACAGGAGCCUCUUUACACUACUACCAAUGGAUUUAAAAUCAGUAAUAUUUGUAAACUUUUUUAAAAGCUUGCAUUAAAGUAAAAAAAGUUUAAGUAAACUGGCAGUGACACUAAUUUUUACGUAUGAUCACUUUGUUUUAUACUGUCUUUAUUGGGUAAAAAGAAUCAUGCUAUAUGGAAGUCCUGCACCAGAAGAAUCCUUCCUCUUGCCAGUUUUUGGGGAUUUGAAGAUAAUGUUUUAUUCCAAGAUCCUAUUAUGUUCUCACUGAGGAACCCAAUAUAAGACUUGCACUGACUUUUUAUUACUGUCUUUAUAUGAACCUGAAUAUGUAGGUAUCUGAAUGUUGAAGCAUGUAUGAUCUUGGAUAAAGUAUUCUUUUUAUCUUUUUUCAAAUUAGAGUUGUAUAAAAAUUUCAUUAUCUUGCCUAAAAUUGGUUGACUGUUCUUUUAUAGAAUUCAAGUAUUGUGGUAUUUAAAAAAAAAAAAGAUACAUUCAAUUUUGAUACUUAUACUAAAGAUUAAAAAAGGACUGAAGUCCUAUUAUCCUAAUACAUAGAUUAAUUUACAUGCUGUUUGACUAGCAGUGCAAAUAUGAAUGAAUAUAAUUAUUCUCAUCUAAAAAUACCAAAUACUUUAGUUAUAUUAUGGUAGUGAAAAAAGAUGUAUAAUAUUUUUAUUAAUAUCUUGAAUAUAUUCAGUGGAUUGAAUGUUGACUUCCAUAGCUAUACUUUGAUUAUAUUAAACUAUUUCUGAAUUAAAGAA